CGUCGCGUUGUUCGCGAGCGGCGAGAAUGCGCGUCAUAGACAAUGCGCGUUACCUCAGACAGAAAGUACAAAUAGCAUUAGCCUCCAAAAACUGGCGAUAAAAACUCACGCAUGUUGAAUGAAUAUGCUAGGCUGACUUUUUGUUUCAGGUAUUACCGUAACGAGAGGAGACAUCCACGUAGGUCCAGGCUCUAGUCUUUUAAAAAUAUUUUAAAGCAACAUAGUUUAAAGUAAGAUGUCUAGUAUAGCAUAGCUUGAGUUGCCCAAUUAUACGAUUUUACGCACGAAAGGAGUUUCCAAAACCCCUCUCGAGUUGGUCACCGGGUGGGUUUCCCUUUUCAAAGUAACCAUCUUGUAACACGUUGUUCCGAUCCACACUGGGAAGUUGAACUUACCACGACACUUCCCGGAUGAGCGACUCCUGAAGGCCGAUCAGUCGUGCUGCCCGUGUGCUAACAGAGUCAACGAGUUCAGCUAACCCUAACCCUGUGUGGUCGGAAAGCCUGCAAAGCAACCGAGGAAGAUGUUUGGGUCUUCAAGAUCUGGAGGGGUACGAGGGGGCCAGGACCAGUUCAACUGGGAUGACGUGAAAGUCGAUAAGCACAGAGAAAACUAUCUCGGGAACUCUUUGAUGGCACCAGUUGGACGAUGGCAAAAAGGCAAGGAUCUGUCGUGGUAUUCAAGAGACAAAACAGAUGGCAGACCAUUGUCAAGAGAGGAAGAACUUGCUGCUGUCAAGGCUGCAGAGCACGAGGCACUGAUGGCUGCCCUAGGGCACAAGAAUAUAAAGAGGCAACCAACUGGCUUGACCAAAGAGGAUCUUGCAGAUGUUUGCAGAAGAGAGGAGGUGGAUGGCGAGGAAAAAAAUGUUGACCGUGUCUCAGGCUUAGGAAGCUCCAGUGCAGGGUCGAGGAAAAUGGUGCUCUCCCAGAAAGAAAAGGAAGCUGCUAAAAUGGGCUUGCCUGUUUUUACUCACCAGAAGACAGAGCGCGGACAAGAAACAUCAACAACAAAAACAUCUCAAAGUGCAGAAAAGGGGGAUUUGGAAGAGCGACAUGACAGCAGGAAGAAAAAGAAAGAGAAGAAGAGCAAAAAGGAGAAAAAGAAGAAGGAAAAAAAGAAGAAAAGGCAAAGGAGAGACUCAUCAUCUUCAGAUUCAGAUGACAACAGAAAAAGGCAGAGAAAGGACCACCAUCAUCAUAAUCCAUCAUACCACAGUCAGAGUGGAGCCAGACCCCAUGACAGCCAUUCAAGGGGGGGAGCAAAGGCCGAGCGGCAGCCCUCCUACCCCCAUCAUCGACAGCAGCGGCAUGACACAGACUCCUCUGAUGGGGGGUCUCCUGUCCCCCGUAACCCUGUCAGCCACAAGACGGCCCCUGCUGGUGCCACACAAAGCCACAGGCGGCGCCACGACACAGACUCGGACGACUAAUGUCCUUCCCACCCCUUCAAUUCAAAGACGCUUAACACGGACAGAACGCUCCCCAGCAGCUUGGCUGGCCCUGCGGACCGCAUUUACCCUGAAUGGUGAAACACUGGAUGGAGACAGGUGGAUAUUUUCAGACACAUCCUUUAACUUCUUCACCCUAUAAGUUGGUCUUUCUGUCACGAUACACUGAUGUCUUCGGUGUUAUUUUGGAUUUUGUGGGAUUAUAUCACCAAAUGUCACAUAUUAUGUUCUGUCAUGACUGUGAUUUUUAAAGUUUGUGUCUUAUCAGAAAACAAAAUCUGCAAGACAUACUGUUGAUGACGGUCUGUCGCUAGCCUCAGUGGGGUUAGGUAAUCUUUGAAAAAUAACCUAAAACAUUAUUGCUGCAAGUAGAGAGAACUGCUUUAUACAUGUGUGUUGACUGCGAGAACCCCAUCAUUACACCUGUUACAUUGUGUUCUGUUUUUGUCAAUGACGGCUUCAGUAAAAGAUCUCAAAAUCA